AUGCCCGGCUCGCGGGAUAGCAGGGGUAAAAGCCUCACAACAGAGGUGGAAAAGAUGGACAUAACAGUUGACACAACUGAAGGGGCAGCAGCGACUCGCGAAUCCUCUGCAGGCAUCGAAGACAAGCAGGCGCGGCCGGCAUCGAACGGAGACACGCCUCGCAGAGUCAAGAAGGAGACUCCUUCAUCAAGGCAGCCGAGCGCUGCACAAUCACCGGCCGUGAAGGGAGAGCGUGAAGAAACCAUCGGUGGCGACCUCAGCAUCAAGCUUGAGCCGGGCAAAGCCCCAAAGCUGUCCCGCACCAUGUCGCAAAAAGUCAUCACUGGACCUCGACAAUUAUUCAACGAUUUGCCCGAUGCUACAGAUGAAGCCACUUCGACCUUUGACAUCCUGCCCGAUUGCACGUACGGCGCAAGGCAUCUUGGCACUACCGAGCAGGCGCUUGAAUGCGACUGUGUCGAAGAAUGGGAUGUGCGAACGCAAUCCAACAAUGCCUGUGGCGAAGACUCGGACUGUAUCAACAGGGCGACCAAGAUGGAGUGCCCUGGGGAUUGCGGCUGCGGAGAUGGCUGCCAAAACCAACGUUUCCAGCGCAAGGUGUAUGCCGACGUUUCUGUCAUCAAGACAGACAAGAAAGGCUUCGGUCUACGUGCUAACAACGAUCUCAAGCCAAAUGAUUUUAUCUUCGAAUACAUUGGCGAGGUCAUCUCGGAGCCCGCCUUCAGGCGGCGCAUGCACCAGUAUGACCAGGAAGGCAUCAAACACUUUUACUUCAUGUCUCUCGCCAAAAGUGAGUUUGUUGACGCAACCAAGAAAGGAAACCUCGGUCGAUUUUGCAACCAUUCGUGCAACCCGAAUUGUUAUGUCGACAAAUGGGUUGUAGGAGACCGACUCCGCAUGGGGAUUUUCGCCGAGCGUCAAAUUGAAGCCGGAGAAGAGCUCACCUUCAAUUACAAUGUCGACCGCUACGGAGCUGACCCCCAACCCUGUUACUGCGGCGAGCCAAAUUGUUCUGGAUUCAUCGGCGGAAAGACACAAACCGAUGACCGUGGAACCCAACUUUCAUCAACCAUUCAAAAAGCUCUCGGUAUCUUUGGAAACGAAGAUUGGGAGAACGCUGCACACACCAAAAAGCCCCGCAAGAAGAAGGCCUCAGAAGAUGAUGAAGAAUAUAUUGACAGCAUUGAGCUUAAGCAGCUCGGCCCAGGAGACGUCAAAGUUGUUAUGGGUGAGAUUUACAAGAGCCAGGAGAAAUGGAUCAUCGUCAAGCUCCUCAAUCGUAUACAGAACUGCGAGAACGAGAACGUGCAGUUCAAGGUGGCCAAGAUGCACGGUUAUGUCAUUCUCAACAAACUUCUCAAGACCUACGCCGACGACACGAACAUUCUAUUGCAGAUUCUGGACAUUCUUAACAAGAUUCCUCGAUUGACUCGCAACAAGAUUGUUGAUUCGAAGAUCGAUGUCACUGUCGAAGGCCUACUCGAGCACGAAGAUGAAAGAGUCAAAUCACAAGCUGCAAAAAUCUACGAUGAGUGGAGCAAGCUAGUCAUCGCUUACCGCAUUCCACGCAUGAAGAGAGACNNCCCAACCUGUUACAACAAGAUAAGAGAUUGGACCGUUCCGAAAGGAAGAACCGUGACCGAAGUCGUUCUCGCUCGCGCUCAAAGUCAGUCGAUGCACCGAGAGGACCUAAAGGACCAUCCGCCAAGGCAAUUCCUUCGGGCCCACGCGGAGGCGGGCAUAGAGGCGGAGGCUUCUUCCAAGGCNGGUCCUCGUCCUCCGUUCAGACCUCGAGCUCCUCCACCUACUGAGCUGCCGCCUGGUUGGUAUGUCGCAUUCGACCAAAACGGCACACGCUACUAUUAUGAUGGUGACGGCAAUGUCCAAUGGAUACCCCCUACCCAAUCGGCAAUCAAUGCGCCCCCUCCUCCUCCGCCCAAGGUUUUGUCUGAGGCACAGAAGCUCGAAGAUCUUAUCCAGGGAAUCGUCAACAAGAAGGAAACCCCGGGCACUGACAAACCUUCGGCCACUGCAACACCGACCGAGACACCCACCAAAGCCAAGUCCGAUGAGAAGUGGCGUUCGUUACCCGAAGAGAAGCAAAAGAGGGUCUACGAGAAUACGCUCUUCCCAUCUGUCAUUCACGUCGCAAACAAGUACAAGGGCAAGCUCGACAGAGAUGACAUCAAGCGCUUUGCUAAAGAAUGCUCGAAAAAGCUUGUCAACUCAGACUUCAAGAACAAGCGUGUCACUGAUCCAAGCAAGAUCGACUCCAGACAAGAGAAAGCGGUCAAGAAAUUCGUGGCCGACUUCUUCGAGAGGGCUGUCGUGAAAAAGAAAGAGCACGAUCAACGCAAAGGACAAGGUUCGGAGCAAGCAGGCAUGGAUGCCAUGCAAGUCGAUUCGCCCAAGGAUGCCGACAUUGAUGUUCCUGUCGUGGGUAACAAUAACGACAUGUCUGUACCAACAAGUCCUACAACCCUGAAGCGAACACGAAAUGAUGANAAGCUCGACAGCUGGGGCCGCAGACGAAGACGAUCCACUUGGCAAGAAGGCCAGAGUAUCUGCGCCUGCUCCCCUCCGCCUCCACCAGCCGGAGACUUGCGCGAAGAGGACAUGCAAACAGGCAACGAUGACUCCAAUGGUGCCGAAGGCUUCUCGAUCAAGGGUGCUGCUGGUGGCCUUCAACGCAUGCCAAAGUACGCAGAAUCACCAAUGCAGAUCGCAACGCCACCUACAACAAAUAGUCCUGACGCAGAAGAAAGGGAAAGACGUCGCAGAGAAUUCGGCGGGCUCAACGCAGAGAGGAUGAAAAACUUAGGAUUUCUGGAUGGAGCAAACGAUCGUUGA